AUGGCUGUAGAACUUUCAUCUCACUGUGAGUGCCCUAACUGUUUGGGAGGUAUUCAGAGUGAGUCUGACUGGAAUUGCUCUUCCAGAGAGAGAGGCGAUGGCGCUUCCUACUCAAAAUCAAGUAAGAAAUCCACGCUCUCUCCCAUCAUGCAACGCUUCCUUUCUCAAUGUUGUUGUAAUAAGGCGGAAAGUGCUAACGGGGAUGACUCCGAGUCUCUCCCCUCAGAGGAGGAAAUUUCUGUGGGCGUCCCUCAAAAACGGAAUAUCAGCCAGACGCCAAAGAACACCAAACGGAAGAUCAAACCGUUGAGAGAGCUGACAAUCCAAGAACUUCUGAAAAGAUUUGUAGACAGUGGAAAGUUUCAACCACACUUCAUGUCCCUGGGCCACUUCAGAGACCAGGUGCUUGUGAAGUUCAGAAGAGCCCUGUACUAUUCUGGAAUCUGGGUAAAACAUGUUCAGGGCUCGGGACUGGAAAAGCAUUUUUCAGCUGAUUAUUUCAAAAGAAAUCCCAGUAGCCUGUACCGUCUCAUUCCCUGGCUGAAACGGGAACUCACAGCUCUUUACGGAGACUGUGGCUACACAGUGAAGAACAUUCAAGCUGACAUUCUCCAUCACAUGACAAAAUUUAACUUGGACAGUGAAUCCUUCACUUGCCUGCUGGAGCCUUAUCUCCUACACCACACCCGGCACUUUCUGCAUGAGUUUACCACUUUUGUUGAUUCGUCUUACAACAUGGAGACCUAUGACCAGUGUGCGCUCUAUCAAUGUCCUGUUACCACAUGGAUGAAAAACAAGAACACUCUUUCAGGUCCAGUCUUGCCUUUGCCUGAGAAUCGCUCCCUCAUGAUAUCUCAACCAGCCACAAAGCUGUCUAAGAACACCGAGGCUCAGCAUAAUAAGGCUGAACAGAGGUCUCACUCUGGCUUGAAAGAAUUUCCAAAUCGUAAUUAUUCCUCAAAAAAUUUCCAAAUCUCAAAAAUCCAUCAGAAAAGGGCAGACAAUGUUUGCACCAAAGACGAUUUUAAGGUCUGUACUACUAAUUCAUUACUGGAUUGGGCUAAUAGCAGGGAAAGCAGGCCAGACACUGACACUGUGUAUUACAAAAACAAUAAUCAAGAGAAAGAGACAAAAGGCACAAAGCUGCUCCCUGACCAUAUCCAAAAUGGGCAGAAGUGUGAAACAAGUUUGCAUACCUUUCAAGCAUCAGUGGAUUCUCAGCAGGUACCACCAAGCAAGUACAAUGUAAGGGAAACAAAUAUUUUGAAUCAGGGCCAACAGGUACAUAAUCAGAAAAAAGAAGCAGAAAAAAAACUUGAAGAAUCUUUACAAAAGGUUUUUGAAAGAAUGCCUAGAGAAAGAACCUUGAUAAAGAGCAAAUCCAGAGAGACUCAUCAUUCCUGUAAAUGGAUCUCAGAAAAUAUCCACUCUCCUACAAAAAAUGAUAAAAUGCUGGCUUCUUUUAGAAGAAAUAAAGUAAGGUGCCAGUCCUCCCAAUGUGUAGAAGUUGCUUCAUCACACCACAGUAGAAGAACCCAAAGACCAUCCAGUUCCAGCACACCCAGACCCAAAUCCUGGUGUGUCGAAUCCAAAAAGCAACCCAUAAGCAGAGAUCAGAGCAAUCUCUACCCAAGGGGAAGUCACAAGCACUUCAUCCAAAAUGUGCAGUGCAGGCUGUCCACAGGAAGUCUGUGUGGCUGUGAAGCAGCAUACAGAAAGGUGUCUUUGACCCCAGUCCACCCUGCCCAGGCUUGCUUAACCUAUGGCAAUAGAGACAGCUGCACAGGUAAAGGUGAUUCUCAAACUGGAAGACAGUGUGACAGCCUCUCAAGCCUACAGACAGAGAAAUAUCAGUCCUCAAGUAAGCAGGAAAUGAAGGACAAGAACCUAGAUGGUAGAGCUUGGAGAAUCAGAACAGUUGGGCACAAAAACUGCAAAUGCCAGUGUAUGGGUACACUAACUACAGGUGAGUUCAGUAAUGAAUUGGGAGAUCUCAGUGACUAA